UAGCCAGGAUGGUCUCGAUCUCCUGACCUCAUGAUCCUCCUGCUUCGGCCUCCCAAAGUGCUGGGAUUACAGACGUGAGCCACCAUGCCCAGCCCAUUAUUGUAUUUUGCAAUGUGAGAAAGACAUGAGAUUUGAGGGGCCAGUGACAGAAUGAUACAGUUUGGAUACAUGUCCCCGCCUAACUCUCAUGUCGAAAUGUAAUCCUCAAUGUUGGAGGUGGAGUCUGGCGGAAGGUAUUUGGGUGCUGUCCUUGCAAUAGUGAGUUUAUGCAAGACUGGUUGUUUAAAGUGUGUGGCACCUCCCUGAUCCCUCUUGCGCCUGCCCUGGCCACAUGACCUGCCUGUUCCUGCUUCACCUUCUGCCAUGAGUAAAAGUUCCUUGAGACCUCCUCACAAGGCUGCGUCCCUGCUGGCUGUGCUGCUGCUGCUGCUGCUGGAGCGCGGCAUGUUCUCCUCACCCUCCCCGCCCCCGGCGCUGUUAGAGAAAGUCUUCCGGUACAUCGACCUCCAUCAGGAUGAAUUUGUGCAGACGCUGAAGGAGUGGGUGGCCAUCGAGAGCGACUCUGUCCAGCCUGUGCCUCGCUUCAGACAAGAGCUCUUCAGAAUGAUGGCCAUGGCUGCGGACAUGCUGCAGCGCCUGGGGGCCCGUGUGGCCUCGGUGGACAUGGGUCUUCAGCAGCUGCCCGAUGGUCAGAGUCUUCCAAUACCUCCCAUCAUCCUGGCCGAACUGGGGAGCGAUCCCACGAAAGGCACCGUGUGCUUCUACGGCCACUUGGACGUGCAGCCUGCUGACCAGGGCGAUGGGUGGCUCACGGACCCCUAUGUGCUGACGGAGGUAGACGGGAAACUUUAUGGACGAGGAGCGACUGACAACAAAGGCCCUGUCUUGGCUUGGAUCAAUGCUGUGAGCGCCUUCAGAGCCCUGGAGCAAGAUCUUCCUGUGAAUAUCAAAUUCAUCAUUGAGGGGAUGGAAGAGGCUGGCUCUGUUGCCCUGGAGGAACUUGUGGAAAAAGAAAAGGACCGAUUCUUCUCUGGUGUGGACUACAUCGUAAUUUCAGAUAACCUGUGGAUCAGCCAAAGGAAGCCAGCAAUCACUUACGGAACCCGGGGGAACAGCUACUUCAUGGUGGAGGUGAAAUGUAGAGACCAGGAUUUUCACUCAGGAACCUUUGGUGGCAUCCUUCAUGAACCAAUGGCUGAUCUGGUUGCUCUUCUCGGUAGCCUGGUAGACUCGUCUGGUCAUAUCCUGGUCCCUGGAAUCUAUGAUGAAGUGGUUCGUCUUACAGAAGAGGAAAUAAAUACAUACAAAGCCAUCCAUCUAGACCUAGAAGAAUACCGGAAUAGCAGCCGGAUUGAGAAAUUUCUGUUCGAUACUAAGGAGGAGAUUCUAAUGCACCUCUGGAGGUACCCAUCUCUUUCUAUUCAUGGGAUCGAGGGCGCGUUUGAUGAGCCUGGAGCUAAAACAGUCAUACCUGGCCGAGUUAUAGGAAAAUUUUCAAUCCGUCUAGUCCCUCACAUGAAUGUGUCUGUGGUGGAAAAACAGGUGACACGGCAUCUUGAAGAUGUGUUCUCCAAAAGAAAUAGUUCCAACAAGAUGGUUGUUUCCAUGGCUCUAGGCCUACACCCGUGGAUUGCAAAUAUUAACGACACCCAGUAUCUCGCAGCAAAAAGAGCGAUCAGAACAGUGUUUGGAACAGAACCAGAUAUGAUCCGGGAUGGAUCCACCAUUCCAAUUGCCAAAAUGUUCCAGGAGAUCGUCCACAAGAGCGUGGUGCUAAUUCCGCUGGGAGCUGUUGAUGAUGGAGAACACUCGCAGAAUGAGAAAAUCAACAGUUCCGAAGCUGAAAUGAUCAAUAUUCAUACCCGUAUGCCAUUUGGGAGUCCUUGUGCAAAGAUGAGUAUUUUUUUUUUAUUCCAAGCUUCUUUACCUUUCCUGAGAUCGAUGCCACCUUGUCAGCUUCUCUGCCUCCCGUUCCUUCUUCCUGUCCCAUCAGAAAAGGCCCACUCUCUCUCUGUCCAACAUCUGUGCACAGGUUGCACCAGAGCAGAAUUAAUCCUGAUAGAAUUUCUCUCACCCCAUUGGAGUUUUACUCAAUGACAACAUCUAAAUUGCUCAAAGCUUUUAAUAGCAUCAGUUUUAGAUAGAGAACUAAUCAACCCUGACAUCAGUAACACACGCUAAAUUUAAAGCCAUCAGCUAAUGCUGCAUUCAUUAAUCAUUUUAGUUAACCAUCAUGUUUGGCUUGAUUGGAUUUGAUGGUGUAAACAACAAAAAAAAAAGACAGUCAUUUUUCUACAGUUGAGUGUAUAUAAACAAAUUCAAUCUUUAUGAAUUUAUUAUUUAAAUCACAUUAAUGGAGAAUCAUUUAGGGGCUUAUUAAAUUUUUUUCUAUUAUGACUCCAAAUAAAAACAAAGCAGAGGGCCAGGCGCGGUGGCUCAUGCCCAUAAUCCCAGCACUUUCAGAGGCCGAGGUGGGCGGAUCACCUGAGGUCGGGAGUUCGAGAUCAGCCUGGCUAACAUGGUGAAACCCUGUCUCUACUGAAUAUACAAAAUUAACUGGGCAUGGUGGUGCAUGCCUGUAGUCCCAGCUACUCGGGAGGCUGAGGCAGGAGAAUCGCUUGAACCCAGGAGGCGGAAGUUGCAGUGAACUGGGAUCAUGCCACUGCACUCCAGCCUGGGCGACAGAGCGAGACUCUGUCUCCAAAAAAAAAAAAAAAAAGCAGAACACAUUUGCGUUCAACUUUUUUCCAUCACUCUGUUGGUUCUUGAGAUGUCAGUGUCGGUUUAAAAACGUGCUGUACCACCUUUAAAAGGACUGGAGCAGGCAGUCAGUGAUUCAGUUCACCUUGACUCUAGUCACAGAAGUGGACCCAACUGAGGGCUCAACCUAGUUGUGGGCAUUUGUGAAGGAUUCCAGUUAGUGUUUUCUUUGGAAGCAGGAGGCUUCAAGCCAUCACAUCUCCAAUUCUAUAGAAUAUCAAGUCAUCGUUAAAGAACAGCAGCAGGUGUUUGAUAUUUUGUGCUAUAAAGUGUAGUUUGCGCUCAUCUAAUUAUGCAGGGUUUCGUGGUGUUUCUCGAUUUUGUUGAACCUACCUGAUGCAUUUGGCAUUGUAGAUAAGGACUAACAGUAAGAGAGAUUUAGAGUCUUCAUGUUAGUCCAUUAACAUAAGUUUAUUAUAAAAUACACUGUAAGCAUUUCUGACUAAUAUACCAUCAGAUUUAAGAAGUUACCAAACAAUAUGUAUUCGCUGAUCUUCAUUCCUGCUGAAUCUGAGACCAGCAGUGUCUCAAUUAUUACGUUGCUGCCAGGAGAGAAGGGGAGGAGAAUGAAUAGUUAUGGAAGUUGUAGAAUCUAGGAUAUUCCAAUCCUGGAUUGCCAGAGUUCAGAGUCCAUGUUUUUCUGUCACCCAGGGUCACGACUGGUCUCCCCAGCUCUUCCCUCCUGUUUUUCCACCCAAUUCUAAGCCCUGUGGUGACCCAGACCCUACCCUGAUGUGGGAGUCAGAAAGGAGUAUCUUCCAAGCUCCUUGUACUCAAAGGGAUAAAAGAAAGCUACUCAGUUGUUAUUCAGAUAUAUUAACCAGCUAUAUGGAGGCAAAAAAGGGAGAGAGAAAUUUAAAUAUUUGUUUUUUAACAUUUUAAUGAUGAAAUAUAUGCACUUGGACAAAAAUGAUCACCCAGUAUAGUUGGGCGUACAUUGUGGCAUGCCCAUCAGGGGGACUUUGUUGUAUUGGAGGAGGGCAAUGUAUCCGGCUUUGUUAGUAGAUGUAGCGCAUUAAAGCGUAACUAUUGUGAUAAGGUUUAGGGGUUAGGAAUAUCAUUUGAGUUUGGUAGAUGCUUUUCUGGAAAACAGUGAGGCUGGGAAUGUUUCUGGCUUUAUGUUGUAUUCAUAAAAAUAAAAUGUACUGGCUUGGAAACUUUGGUGAUUGUGCGCCAGACAGUGCAAGAGCCCUGGUCAGUGACACUGUUCCUUUGCACUUGCUGCUGGGAGAAGGGAGUGAGCGAGGGCUCCCUCGAAGGCUUGCUCCCGGACACUUCUCACUGUUCACACUCAUGCUGGGAACUCCGUGGCCUUUGCACUCGCCAGAUGCCCAUGCCUCCCAACCCAGUCCCCUCUUCCGAGAAUCAGGGCCACCCAUCUUCCUGCCCAUUUCACAUCUGAAACUCUACUCACCUAGUAUGAAAACUUCCAUCCAUUCCUCCAGCCUGUUACCCCUCUGGUGCUCCCUACCUUGGUAAGUGGACCAUCAGCUAGUUGAUAGCAGAGGCCUGCAUCAUCUUCCACACUUCCCUCUCUUUCCAAUGCAAUUCAAUAUCAGGGCCAGUCCAGCCCGUUUCUCAAAAGCCACCACUUCCUUCUAGUUCCACUGUCACCUCGCAUAGCUCAUAAGCCAACACUCUUCCGUUUUGCUGGGUUAUUGCAGAGGCCCCUAACCAGCCUCUGCUUACACGACAGCCCCUCUCACUGUACAUGCCAUGCGGCAACUGGCUUGUCCCUCUCACCCUGCUUAAAGCUCUCAACUGGCGACAUGGUCUGAGGAUGAAGUCAGACAUCCCAAGAAGGUCUACAAGUCCUGCUCAACCUGCUCUCUGCUUACUCUUCUGGCUUGCUCUGCCCUCACUAGAUACACCCUGACAACCCCAUCCUUCAAAUCCUCCCAGUUUCACAAACACCCAAGAGCUUCCCUGCCUCAGAGCCUUCUCAGAGUCUCUCCCUCCUCCGGCAACACCCUUACAACCCCCUUGGUCUCACUAAUACCCCUCCCACCCACC